AUGAAAAAGCAUUUGGCGAAGAUAGGUGGAGACAUUAAGAAGUGUUCUAAGGUCCCAUAUGAUGUAGAAAAACAAAUGGAAGGUUUAUUGAAAGAGAUUCAGAAAAGUAAAACUAGUAAAAGGAAAGUAAGUUUCAAUGAAGAGGGUACCGAUGAGUGUGAGGAUGCAAUUGAUGAAGCAAUAGCGCAAGAGAAAACUCCGAGUCAGUUACCAACUAAGGAGGUUGUUGGAGGCGAUCCAAAAAAGAAACCAAAAUCAUUAUUCCUCCUAUCUGGCUAUGGGCCUGGUUAUAUAGGUCCUUCUUAUGACUCUUUGAGGGUUAACUUAUUAGCCGAUCUCAAAAGGGAGUGUCAAAUGGUUGUUGAUAGCUAUAGGUCUGCUUGGAAAGAAACUGGAUGUACUCUCAUGGCUGAUGGUUGGAUAGAUCAAAGGCAAAGAACGUUGAUUAUUUUUUUGGUUUAUUGUUCGAAAGGGUUGUGCUUUGUGAAAUCUGUAGAUGCCUCAAGUAUGGUUAAAAAUGCUUCUAGCUUGUGUGACUUGUUUUCAGAGGUGAUUGAAUGGAUUGGACCUGAUAAUGUUGUUCAUGUAGUAAUCGAUAAUGCUGCGAAUUAUGUUGCUGCUGGUAGGCUUAUUAAUAAGAAAUUUGAAAAUAUUCACUGGUCACCUUGUGCUGCUCAUUGCUUGAAUCUUAUUCUAAAAGAUAUAAGCAGCAUGCCACAUAUUUAUAGCCUUGCAACACGUGCUUCGAAGAUUACCGUGUUUGUAUAUAAUCAUACGGUGUUUUUGUCUUGGCUAAGACAAAAAGAUAAUUGGAAGGAGAUUGUUCAUCCAGGUCCAACUCGUUUUGCCACUGUCUUCCUCACAUUGAUGAGUAUCUUUGAGCGCAAAUCGGAAUUACAACAAUUGGUUAUUGAUACACACUUUACCGGACACAAAUUAGGAAGGAGUGCUAAUGGUAGAGCUGUCAGUGCAAUUAUCCUAGACAAUAAAUUUUGGGAUGAUUGUUUUACUGUAUGCCAAAUUGUGAGUCCGUUGAUUAAAUUGCUGAGGUUUGUAGAUGCCGAUGAUAAACCAUCAUUGGGAAUUGUUUAUGAAGGUAUGCUGAGAGAAUCACCUGAUGUCAUGCGAGCUUUACUUGAUCUUGUUACAUUGCAUUGCAAGGUUAAUAAUUUAGAUUCAGUUGAGGCAAUGAAAGAAAUACACUUAUAUAGAGAUCGAAAGGAAAGCUUUGAUAGGCCUGAAGCUGUUCCAGCUGCAAAAAAACUUCAACCUGAUGAAUGGUGGAGGUUGUUUGGUAGUUCUGCUCCAUGUUUACAAAAAAUUGCAGUUCGCAUUCUUAGCCAAGCAUCUGCUUCUUCAGGGUGUGAAAGGAAUUGGAGUCUUUUUGAUCAAAUUCAUACAAUAAGAAGGAAUAGAUUGGAGCAUGAUAGGCUAAGUGAUAUUGUGUAUAUUACAUAUAAUUUGCGUCUUAAAUCCAGGAAUGAAAGAAAAAAAAGAAAGCAAAAGUUGCAAUAUGAUCCAAUCGAUAUUGAAACUAUUGAUAAGGUUGAUUUUUGGGUGACGGAAGAGGUUGUUGAAAAAGAGCCUGAUCUUCCAAGUAAUAUUGAAGACUUGCUUCAUGAGAUUGAUGCUGAUUUAGAUCAAGGUGGUGGUGGUGAUAGUACUAGUACAUUUUAUGCUGCACCACUUGCUUUUUCUGGUCCAAGUAGUGGAAAUAAAGGUGAUGAAAUUAAUGAGGCAAAUCUGCAGCAAAUUAUGGAGGAUUUUGAUGAUUGA